AUGUUCAGACGACCUGUCCCAGAAGUUGUUGAAAUUCGUGAACAAGCUGAAUUUGAACUUGAUAUUAAAUCAUUGCGUGAGAGACAACGAAGUAUGUUUUAAAAUGUAUAUCUUAUCGAUGAAAAAUCUAAUAUAAUUCUGUUUUUAGGAAAAUUUUAUCG